UCCAUGUAUGCAUGUAUUUUCCAAGGUGACUAAUGAGCAUAUUACAUAACCAGCCGAAAAUCUCGGUUUGCAAAUUAUAUUUGACUUAUCUCAUGCCACAACGGACUGAACUCACGAAUGUAACUAAAUGUAGAAUUUGUUUCGCGAUAACAUUUUAUGAGCACCACAUCUACACGAAUAAGAACUUACCCGGUAUGCACAAGAUUGCGUAUCGAAUGCUCUUCGCAUUGCGUUAAUUCGAUAUACGUUCGAUUCGAUUCGAUUCGAUUUAUCGUAUUAUAAGCGCAUUCGUUUAGCAUGCAAAUAAAGAACCUGAAAACGAAUACGUUCGUUGGCGUCAUAUCGAAUGCGGAUAGAAUACGAUAUAGGAGUGUUUUGGAUCCCGUGGACUUUCUCCUCACGAUCGAAUUCAUAUCAUACACUGAUUAACGCAUCAAAAUCGCACCUCAUUUUUUCUCAUUCAUUCCGAAUACGAAUAGCAUUUUUAUAAAGAAUUAGAGGGAAACUUGAUCCACUCCAUGCGGCUCGCUCUUUCAUUCACUCAUCUGCCUCCAUCUUAUCCACAAUGGCAAGUGCAAAAUUUUCAGUUGUGAAUUUUUAUAAAGAGAAAAAAGUAGCAACGGUUUUGACUUCUUGGCUGGAUGCACGCUUGAAAUACUGCGCUUGGCCUUCUGGACCCUGUGCUGCCGACAAAUUAAAGACUUUUGCACCGCCUGAAAAAGCCUGGCCAAAGUAUCCUUGUAAACAUAUAAAAUUUGCAGACUCUUUAGAAGAAGCUAACCGCUACCGUGACAAGGCUCAAUUUCAGUCGGAGGUCGACUCGUCAGCGCCCGAGAGCCCCCACUUUUCCAAGACAAAACCCCGUCGUAAGAAGAUUCAAGUUAAAAAGCCAGCAUCGUUUUCUGCCGACCAGGAAUCGGACAGUCUCUCAUCGAACGAGGAAGAAAACGUCCCUACGACCAACUUUUUAAAUUUAGGUGGUGAGCAUUAUGCCAUAAUUUUAUCAAUUCUAAGUGCAUUUUUUCAAGUAUUAGUAUGCAUGUAAUAUAAUAACACACUG